AUAAAGAGUGAACAUUGGGGAAUCCCUCUUUCGCACUCAAUAGGAAUAGUAAUAGCUCUCUAAAGAGUCACCUUUGUUUCACUACUUAGCUACACUUAAUAAGUAUUGCUAAUUCUAUUUCAGUGAUUCCUACUCAUUAGAGAAAAUUAUUAAAACUCCGAUGGAAUCGUCAUCACCUAGCUGGUUACAUGAUCUGCAGGAAAUGGAAGAUGAUUACAACAAUUUCUUUCCGAAAGAGUACAGCAUGAACAACUCGAUUGAUGAUUACGAUGAAGAUUUAUUUUUCGCACAUGACAUAGGGAAUUCUAUAAUGUUCGAGUCACCAAGCAAUAAUAAUAAUUACUCUUCCGUUGAUGAAACUAGUUUUGAUGAUGAGAGGCCUUCUAAGUUUCUCAAAACAAGUACCAAUAGUGAUAAUAAUUCUUAUUAUUCAUCAUUAUCACCAAAUUUUUCUUCCCUCUCAUCAUCAUCAUCAUCAUCAUCAUCAAUAACAUCAUUUCAGCCACAAAUUCUGUGCUUUGACAACUCAAACUCCUCUCUCAAUAAUAAUGAUAAUACCACCCAGCUUUAUGAUUUAGAUUACACCACCUUGAACACAAAGACAAAACUAAAAGAGGUGGUGAAUGGGUCAUCAAAAAAUCAAAACCUGGUCACAAAAUCCUCAUCAAAUGGUUCUAAGAGGUCACCAUCUAACGCUCAGGAUCAUAUCAUAGCUGAGAGGAAGAGAAGAGAGAAGAUCAGCCAGAGUUUCAUUGCUCUUGCAGCUCUUGUUCCUGGCCUCAAGAAGAUAGAUAAAGUUACUGUGUUAGAGAAUGCAAUCAAGUACGUGAAGGAUCUCAAAACUCGUCUUACAACACUAGAACAAGAAAACAAUGAGAAAAUAAAGGAAAUAGCAGAAGAGCCUUCUGUGAUUGUUCUUAACAAAAGGUCGCCACAUGAUAAUGAGAGUGACGAUGAGAGCGUUAUUGUUGAUGAUGCUUCUAAUCAUGAUUCUUCUUCACUUCUCCAUCAAGUGGAAGCAAGAGUAUCAGGGCAACAGGUUUUGAUUCGGAUUCAUUGUCAAAAGCAUAAGGGUAUUUUGGUUAAAUUACUUUCUGAGAUUCAAGGACAUAACCUACUUGUUUUGAAUAGCAGUGCGUUGCCUUUUGGAGAUUCGAUUCUUGAUAUAACUGUCAUUACCCGGGAUAUCAGCUCGGAGAAGGUGAUUGGCACAGCUAAGGCAUAUGGAGGGCCUUAUGCACUGAAUGUUGAAUCAGUAAGACCUGAAUUUGCACAAGCAGCAAGCAUCAUCACUUUACCUAAACCUGAAAUGAAGGAAAUAAAUCUCUGGAACUUUCGAUGGGCGAAGGGUACAAUUUGACCGUUAAGGAACUUGUCAAGAGCAUACGCGUGGAAACAUUGAAGUUCAUCUUGUCAUAAUUCAUAACUCAACUCAUAAACAAUAAUGAGCAAAUAGUGGUGAGUUGCCUUCACACAUUAAUAAUGGAAGGAAGGUGAAGUCUGUAUCAAAUAGAGAUUUUGUCUAUUAAUAUAUUAUCUAUUAUUGUUGGGUGGCAUGCAUGAGCCUUAUUACAAAAAAUGCAUUUGUAUAUGUAUAUUAUUCGAGCAGAAGAAGAAUGGAGGAACUCGAUUUUAUGUGACAUUGUUCUUCCUUUGUUUUGCCUUAGCGAGUCUAUUUGCAAAUAAUAAGGGAAAAUAUGAAUAUAAUACAAUUUGUGGAGAGACUUAAUUGAAGCUAA